CAGUUAGCAGAGUCAAAGAGCAGAACUUCAACAACUUAUAUAAAUCGAGGAAACAUCAGAAUUAGUUCAUUAAUAGAAUCAAACAGCUUUGAGAUUGGAAGGUGAGAAUAAUAUCAUCAUAAAAGAGUUUUGGACGACAAUGAUAAUCAGAAUUAUGGCGAAAAUAUUCGAUGGCAUGCUUCUUCUGAUAGAAAUAUUAUUUCUUAUUUUAAAAGUUUUUUAUUUUUUUUGGGAGAGCAUAUUCACAAUGUUUAUUCCAAUAACAAAAAGAAGCGUAGCUGGUGAAAUAGUUUUGAUAACAUGUGCAGAUCAUGGUAUCGGAAAAGAAUUAGCGAUUGGUUAUGCAUCGUUAGGAGCAACAGUCAUAUGUUGGGAUAUUAAUGAAGAAACUAACUAUCAAACAAUGAACGAGAUUAAAAUGAUGGGGAAAGGCGCUGUAUACGCAUAUCAGUGUAAUGUAGCGGACAGAAAAGAAGUCUUUAGGGUAGCUGAAAAAGUGAGAAAAGAAGUUGGCGACGUUACUAUUUUAGUCAACAAUGCGGGUAUAGGAUUUUGCAGAGCACUCUUAAAUAACAGUGCCGAUAAAAUUACACGAGUUAUAGAUGUCAAUUUAAAAUCGCAUUAUUGGACGUUGCAAGCAUUCCUACCAAGUAUGAUUGAAAAGAAUCAUGGUCAUAUUGUGGCAGUCUCAUCAUUAGCAGCAUUUAAAGGCGUUGCACAUGGUACGGUUUAUUGUGCCACAAAAUCAGCGAUCAGAGCACUGAUGGAAGCUAUCAGCGAUGAAUUACGUAUACAUAGCAAAGGAAAAUCUUUGAUUAAAUUUACUACCGUCUUUCCGACCUUAAUACUUACUGGAAUUCUCAAAAAUCCAAGAUUAAGAUUUGCAAGUAUAAUGAAAGGGCUUACACCACAGGAAGCAGCUUCACUAAUAAUUGAUGCACAAAGACAGAAUUUCCGAGAAAGAAGUAUACCUUCAUAUUGGCUGUCGAUAUCGCGUUUAUUAGGAUUGAUACCCAACAAAGCAUUUAAUUGCAUUUACGAUUUCGUAGAUUUCGGCUGUGAUAUAGAAAAUUAAAGAAUAAAAUAUAUAUAUAUAUAUAUAUAUAUAUAUAUAUAUUUAUAUAAUGAUGUACACCGGCCC